AUGGCCAAUGACACCCUGGAAGGUUUUCACGAAGUGAAUCUAGCCUCGCCCACCACUCCAGAUCUUCUAGGAGUGUAUGAAUCUAGUGCUUCUGAACAAACUACCUCACCCACGGUCAUCUACCGGCUUCAUGCCUCAGCUGUGUGCUCCACGCCAAUUCAACCGACUGCCCUGAACGUCUCUGAUCUUCCUACACAACCCGUCUAUUCAUCUCCUAGGCACCUCAAUUGUGCAGAAGCAUCAGGUAUCAGGUUGGUUGUGAAAAUCUUCUCUUGAUGAUCUAAGCAAGCUUUGUUGUAAGUCGCUUUCUGGUGUAUGUGUUCGUCUGUGUUUUGUUUUUUAAUAAUAAUCCUUUAUGUGCAGCAGUAUACAUUGCUAAAAUAUGUAUGCCUUUUUCUUUCAGCAUCAAUGUUACAGAAACCAUUCCUUGUUCUACCUCGGGACUCCAAGGUGCUUCGUCCAAAUAUGAUAAUUCCAGAAAGGCAAGUAGCAAUGCCGAGAGAGAAUUUUUGCAGGGAGCAACCAUAACAGACUCCUCUGAAGGAAGUGAUGAUGUUUUGGGACUGAGCACAGACAGUCUGUCUCGCCUACGGAGCCCAUCGGUUUUGGAAGUCAGAGAAAAGGGCUAUGAAAGAUUAAAAGAGGAACUUGCUAAAGCUCAGAGGGUAAGUUUAAUGUAUAUGGUAUGUUUUUUUCAGUUCUGUGUAAGUGCAGUUUACUGUUGAGCGCAGAAUUCAGCAUCCUGAAAAUCUUGGAGUUCGUGCAAACUUCCAUAUUUCCUUUAUUUAUUUAUUCAUUCUCUUAACGUGAUUGGUAUAUUGAAAAUUGUUCAUGAGGCGCUUCAUAAAAAUAAAACUUGUAAAAGAUUUAAAAUAGAAGCAGACAGAUCUUCAAAUUUCAGUCUUGAUCAAGUGGUUUUCCACUCUAACAUUCCAGAAGAAUAAAAAUGUGAUUGAUUGCCUCUGAAAGGAGGCAAAUAACAAGGCCUAUAUGGAAUAGCCUCUCAUUGGGUUGAUUGCAGAAUAUGCUCUGCUCUUAGCAGAAUCUAAUCUUGCAUCUGAACAAAACAUCAUGUGUAUAUGGUAGGGAGAGUUAGGACUUCUUACAAAAGACUUUCCAUGACCUGGACCCACUUAAGGCUAUAAGUACCUUUAACCGGGCCUGGAAACAGUCUAGCAAGUAACAGAGAUGCUGUAAGAUCGGUGUAAGAUAGGUGUAAUAUGACCCCAUAAAGUUCACUGCAGUAAUUGAGUGUGGAAGGUGCAUGGAUGACAGUGGCAUGUCUCUGAUGAUGAAGACUGACUUCAAGCUGCAUGGGCAACGUUUGAUGGAAUUUCAAAGGUUGUGAGAUAAAAUGUCAAUAUGAAUUUCAAUCGUUCAAGGGAGAGUGUUUCAUUGCCCUGUACCCCCUCCCUAUGAAUAGUAAAGCAAUUUAAACUACAAAUAUUUGCCAAUUCAGUGAUUUAUACAGGUUCUAACAGUACUAUCCUUCAGGUACAGUAUACUUUAAGUGUUAAAAUACAUAGUUAUGAAUAGCCAAAUGGGCAUUUUGCAAAGCUAUCAUUACUCUUUCUUAUUUUCUAACAGACCUCUAAGAAAGUGCUGUUAAAAGUCCCCCCCCCCAAUUUUCUUGCUAAUUACAUAUGCUUAUUUAGCCAAGCUUAAUCAUUCAACCUCUUUUAAAAUGAAUAUUAUUUUCACUUCAGUAUCCUGAUGCUGAUGAUGCUGAUGUUGUUAAAUGUGUAUAUUGUCCUUCAUCCGUACAUCUCAGGGCUUCAAUUCUGUAUCUAUAAAAUGAACUUAGGUUGACUGAUUUUAGUUUGAAAAGUGAUGCAAGUCUUGGGUUUUCCCUUCACUCAUAUAAAUCACAUAUGGCCAUAGCCUGUGGAGAUGCUGUACAAUAUAGGCAUUGAUGUCAUGAAAGAGAAGGAACGAUCCUUCUGCUUGGUUUCUGUUUUCUUGUUUUGGCCAGGUCAGCAUUGCUUUAAGCCAAGACUUCUCACAUCCCAAUCUUCAAGCUGCUUAGUCCAGAGUAGCCCUAUUCACGUAAACGGGGCUCUUUCUAAGGAACGGGCCUUGGAACUGCCUUUUCAGCUCACCUUGCUUUCAAAAUGAAACCCUUUGCUACUUUGCAAUUUUGCCGAGUUGUUUGUGAGUGAGCUUUGUAAACCUUUGCAAAUCUUAUCCAUCAUCCCGAAAGUAUCCUGUUACCCUCCUGGAGAUAUAACUCUUUGUUUUCUGUUCUGUGUGAGCUUGUCAUGCGUGUCUUCUAAAUAUUGGCUGCCCCCUAGUGCUGUAUACUUACUAACACUGGCAAAUGAAAAGGUGAAGGGAUUGUUUCCAUUUUGGUUCAUUCUUGACAUCUUUUGGGGAGAGGCAAGGGUUAUUUUGCUGCAGUUCCUACUUUGCCUGAAAGCAUAUCAUCAAGGUGAAACUACUGGCUAUGCACCAGUAGCAAUUCCCAUGAAGAGCUUGUAUGGAGCAAGGUUUCUGUUCCAGCAAAAGACAAGCAAUGGGCAACAAGGCAACCCAUAAGAAGCAGUGGACCCUGUUUCUUUUGAAAAUGUAGAGCACACGAGCAGAAGGGCAGCGAUAGUUUCUCCUCUCUUGCCUUGCUAUGCCCCAUUGCUUCAAGCACUUUUGUCUCCAGCACAACUGGCUUCUGGUAUGAGACCCACAUCAGGAGAAAAGAGCAGAAAGGAACUCAAUCUCCCAUUCUUGCCUGCGUAUUCCAUUUCAUGUAACGCCACUGCCCUUUUCCACGUGAACAAAGCAGACGCGUGAGUAAAAUGCACAUGGCUGCUGUAUCGUGUCUGGUUUGGUCCAAACAUCUCUCUUCUGCCCAGGGUUGGAAAGGCCGUAAAUUAUAACUCUCAAAAUCAACACCCAUUUCUUUUUCUUAGGAGCUGAAACUGAAAGAUGAAGAAUGCGAGAGGCUUUCUAAAGUGCGCGACCAACUCGGACAGGAAUUGGAAGAACUUACUGCCAGCCUCUUUGAGGUUUGUUUGGAGAGUUUUCUGUGGUAACACGCUUCGGAUUGAGGUUGCCAUUUCAGGAUGUACUUGAAUUUCUCCCCUCACCCCACCCCACCUUCAAAAAUGGGAAGUUUGGGAAGUAGUUUAUUCUUGUAAGCUCAUCUGCUAAAAAUGAAGCAAAUUUCUUCACCGGUUGGGGUGACAGCAGAUUCACCGGUGUGUGUGUGUGUGUGUGUGUGUGUGUGUGUGUGUGCUCAUGCCUGUAAAUGCUGUUGUGUAGUCGAAAUUGUCCAAGCCAUGCUUCUCCAAAUAAAUGGCGGGUUUCCUAGGUGGAAUAGCAGCUAUAUUGUUGCCUUCUGAAUGGCAAUCAAACUGCAAAGUAGCUGUCUCUUCUGAUUGGACCUCGGACUCAAAUAUUAUGUUUCCAGCACUUUCCGUCGCUUAUCUUUAAGGUAUGGGCGACUCGCCUGUCGGUGCACUUGAGAGUUUCAGAAGCAACGUGAAAAGCAGCUGUGCGGUUGGGUGACUUCAAAACCUUAUCCCUUCUAUCUAUUCUUUUUAAAGACAAAAAAAGGCCACGUUUCAUAGCUUACUGUUUUCAUGUGGCAGGAAAACCCAUGCAAAAGCAUUUAUAUACCAUGCAAAUGUUUGUUCUUAUAGGAAGCACACAAAAUGGUGAGGGAAGCAAACAUAAAGCAGGCGACAGCUGAAAAACAACUGAAAGAAGCACAAGGAAAAGUGAGUUAACGAUAUCCCUGUGACCCAGAGGGGUUUGUUUUUGUGUGUAUGCAUUCCUUUCCUCAGCUUUUCACUCACAAAACAGCCGCCUCAGGUUGCCAACUGACCUUUGAACUCUAGGUGUUUAAAAAAACACAGUAGUGGUGUCAAGCGAGGAGGUUAGAUGUGUAAAAACAGACUAAGGUGGAUUGGGACCCACGAGUGGGCCUUGGGCUAGUUUCAGGUGGGCCUUGGUACCAGAGCCUGCCUUGUACAUCCUCGUUGUGCCUUAGCUUUGUGGUUGGACCCAGUGCAAGUACCAACAACUCAUGCUGAGUAAAAGUAGGCAGGAGACAGAUGUUUUGGAUGACACAGGAAGGAAAGUCUCCUUUCUAAGGAUAAAGGCCAGAGGACAUGCGAGAAGGCAAUUAGAAAGUGAGGUGAAAAGUUAAUAUUAUAAAUAAAAAUAAAAUUGGGAAUAUAAAGGAAUAUUGAUAAGAGUGGAAAGCUGUUGCAGUUAGGAAGAAGUGAACGUGAAAGGACAACAGAGGAGGAGGGAAAUUUGAAGGGAGGAGGAAUACAAAGUACAAGCUGAGUGUGAAAAGAGAACGGGAAGAAAUUACAGGAAUUGGGCAAAAAUACUUUCAGAGGCAAAUAGGUGUGGGAAGGGGAGAAUAUGAAAGAAAAAGUAUUUUCCAUAUAGAGCCCUCUGGAUCAGCAAAUUCUGCCCCAAGUGGGAAGGCUGUAUAAAGCUUAUACAGUGGUACCUCUGGUUAUGAACUUAAUUCAUUCUGGAGGUCCGUUCUUAACCCGAAACCGUUCUUAACAUGAGGUGUGCUUUCACUAAUGGGGUCUUCUGCUGCCGGCGCGCCACCGGCACACGACUUCUGCUCGCAUCCCGGGCAAAGUCCACAACAAGGAACAUCUACUUCCAGGUUAGCAGAGCUCAUUACCCAAAGUGUUCGUAAGGAGGACGGUACGUAACCUGAAGUUCCAGUGUAUAUGGAAUUCUUUGCCACAAGGAAAAUGCUGUGACAUUUUGUAAUAUUUUUUUUAGUAAUUUCCAGAGGGGGAUUAGAUAUCCAGUAGAAAAUGGCAUUAGUAAUUGUGAGCUGGUGGUGUCAAGCUCUGUCUUCAUCUGACACCAUUUAGUGAUUGUUUGGCCUCGGUGAUUCUCAUUUAUGUAACCUAUAGAAAUACUUGUAUGACAAUUUGAACAAAUAUAUGAGCUAGUUCUUGCCAGAGGUCUAAUUUACACUACUUGGAGUUGUGUCAUUAUUUCCCUUCGUAACUAUUCUGCAGUAUGUUACAGACUUCAGCUGGAACAUUCUUUACCCCUUCAGUCACUAGAGUUCUGUUUUUCUAGUUCAACAAUGAGCUGAGGUGAUGGACUCCAUUUGUAGCGAACUUAGAGAUGAAUAAUUUCCUCCCCAGUGGACUUUCAUGUUUAGUCUGUUUCCACUGUAUGGCAAUGUGAGGAAAACGCAAGAAUGACCAUGAAUGGUAAACUGAAAGAUCUGUUGAACAAGAGGAUAUAAAGUCGAUUGCUCUCUUGCUUUUGUGAAAAUGACUUUAUGUUGUGACUCUGGGGCACACAGAUGUCUUCCUUUCUCCUGGUUUUUAACAAAACAGAUCUUUCAAGCAGGUGAAAGGGCAGAGAAUGAAACUAAUAGCUGUGGCCAUGCAACAUUGCUGUUAAAGGCCUCUUAUGUGGUGACCCCUAACCUCUGUAGCUAGCCCAUUGCUGAGAUUUCACCUUCAGCUCUGCCAAUAAGGCAUCACGCAAGUUACUCAUAUUCAGAAAUGCCUCAGAGUGUUCUUGUCGAAUUAUCCAAAAGCAAACCCCAAACUAAUUCAAAUAUAUGAAGAUUGCUAAUGCAGAGUUCUGAAUGGAUAGGCUUUCUUCUGGCGUCUUACUGGCGAGUGAAAUCCUAGGUCUUUGGGGCUAGGUCCCUUGGUUACUUCAGGUCAUUUUGGCUACAAAAUACUUUAUUCCAUGAAGGAUUUUGUCAUAAAUUGAGUGGCUGUAGUAGAAGCAGCUUUUGCUUGCUUUCCAAUCAAUUAUUUCCAAUCAAUUAUUUUGUCUCUCCUUUUCUUUCAUACGUGUUUAGAUUGAUGUCCUUCAGGCCGAAGUAGCAGCCCUGAAAACGUUAGUGCUGUCCACUUCUCCGACGUCGCCCACGAAAGAGCUUCAAUCUAGCGGAAAGACACCCUUCAAAAAAGGCCAUGCGAGGAACAAGAGUACAAGCAGCGCGAUGGGGGUCAGCAACCAGGAUGUCGCCAUGAUGCAGCCAAUUGUGAAAGACUGCAAAGAGGUAUUUCACGUUUGUUUGUAUUGUAGCUCUGCAUCAAAACACCUUCACUUGGAAGCUGCCAUAAGGCACUUGGAAGCUGCCAUAAGGCAAUACCAUCCAUUGAGGCAAUGGAACGAAGCAUUUGCAUUUCUCUUCCAAAGAACAGUUUGUUAAUUCGGCUGCCUAACUGUGGCCAGAUCACUCUGUUCCCCCUCAAAAAAGAUGUGUACAUUUUGCCUAAAGGAUUGCCUUCAAGCACUGUCUUCUGCUUCAAUUGUUUUUAAAUUCAGCUCCCUUACCCCAUUAAACAGGUCUUUAGAGUGACCCACAAAGAGAAUAUUUCUUAUCGUUGUGAACUUCAUAAAACUGGCUUGUAUCAGGUGUUCCAUAUUUAUUUCCUUUGUGUGCUCAAAGAAAAUAAGGCGUGCAAAUUUAGAAUACCUGCACCCUUAUGUGAGUUCGUCUCAAGAGCAUGAGCUGAGGUUAAGAAGCAAAGGCAGAUGUUGGCAGGUAACCAAUGCCCUAGUUAGUGAUUGAACAAGGAGGGAAAUAUAACCUUUGUGCAACUUGACGCCUAUAGCUGUGGUAUUAGGGUGUAAUCUACCCAUGUUAAAUAUGUGUAAAUCAGUGGGACUUAGGGGUUCUUAUCACUGUCUGUAUAGUCAUGUAGAUUCUGUAUUCAAGGAGAUGUGGGUGUCGUCUGCAAUAUAUGACUUUAGUAUGAAUUUUGGAUUCUUUUUUUCAUUUUGUUUCAUUUUGUUUUUUUAAUGAUAGGCUGACUUAGCUCUGUAUAACGAAUUCAGAUCCUGGAAGGAUGAUCCCACUAUGGACAGGGCAUGCCCUUUCCUGGAUAAAAUCUACCAGGAAGAUAUCUUUCCGUGUUUGACCUUCUCAAAAAGUGAGGUAACGUUUUGGAACCAUAUACAGGAACUCUCUUCCUUAGGAGGCAGUGAUGGCUACCAGCUUGGAUGGCUUUCAAAAGUGGGUUGGACAAAUUUGUGGAGGAGAAAGCUAUCAGUGGCUACUAACAAUGAUGGUUACUACUUUCUGCUUCUAUGGUCAGAGCAGAAUGCUUCUGAAUGCCAAUUGCUAGAAACCUGCUUUGCAGGUUUUUCACGGGCAUCCGGUUGCUCGCUGUCCAGAGACUCAGGGUUCAGCUACCUUAGUAAAGAAAAAGUGUUUUAUAUGGGUUAUAACACUGUGGCACCAGAUGGCGCUGUAAUGCCCCAUCUUUCAUCAACAGGAUUUCCCGUUACAAAGUUUACAGCGUGUUUUCCGAAACACGUUUUUGAUGUGCCUAGAUCCAGCCUAAGUGUGCAGUUGUUUCAGGGUAGCAUGCUUUGUAUUUAAUAUCUUUAGGAAAUUUCAACAGAUCUAAACUCCGUGCUCCAUUUUCAGCUGGCGUCUGCUGUCUUGGAAGCUGUGGAAAACAAUACCUUAAGCAUUGAACCAGUUGGCUUGCAACCUGUUCGAUUUGUGAAAGCUUCUGCGGUUGAAUGUGGAGGACCAAAGUAUGUUCAAACUGGUGGAAUCGGAUCGUGCAAGAGACAUGAAGAUGCUAUUUCAAAACAAUGUCUGCCUGCCUGUCAGAAAUGACUGGCAUAGGUUUGCUAAGGGCCAGAAAUGUCAUAGGGUGCUGCAGAAAAGGGCCAUAGGGUUUCUUUUCCAUGUGAGCUGUUUUGUGCCAAAGAAUCACAAUGUGCAUGUGCAUUCAGGCAUAGUAACAUAAAUGGCAGCUGCUGUGUGAACUGUGGGGCAGGCCUUGUCCUGAGUUUCUUUGAGGAAAAUUGGUGUUAUGUGUCCUGAGUUCUCAGGCUCAGGAGUUGGGGAGGCAGCUGGACCUGGGUGGGGUUACUCUCCUUAGGAAGGAGCAGGUCUGUACUUUGGGGGUCCUCCUCACCUGUCUUGGAGGCUCAAGUGGCCUUGGUGGCUAGGAGUCCCUUUUUCCUGCAACAGCUGGUUUGCCAGCUCUGGCCCUUUUUGCCAGAAAUUACUUCAAAUCUGCGCUAAAAUUUUGGAACUGAUUACUCAAACUUGAUUCAUUUUGGUAUAAAGUACCAAGUGCCAUGUCACUGCCAUAGAAUCAUGGAAUUGGAAGGGACCCGGGCUUUAUUAGUGUGAUUCUCGCAACUUGACAGUGUACUAUAAAGUUAGCAUAACAUAGCUUUUUUUCUCUCUCUGUAAAUACUGCAAGUGCUUAUUUAUAUUGCUACAUAAUAGCUGAAAGUAGUGAUAACACAGUCCUUUCAGUUGUCUUUAAAUAUUUGUUGUGUCUUGACUUUGAAAUUAUAGCUAGCAAUAUAUUCCACAGUUGAGAGUGGCUUACUGGAUAUCCUUACCUCUGCUGUCCACCUGAGGCACAUUAAGUGACUGAGAAUUUAUGGUGGAUGUUCUCUGAAGGAGAUUUUGGGACUCAAUAAGCACGAUUGAGGAAGAGAGCGUGAAAGCUGCAUGACCACUGUGCACAACUAUCGUUCACCAUGUCAAGUGGUGUCUGUAAAUCAUGGUGUAAAAUCAGAUUGCAGAUUUCUUGUUUAAUUGUAGGCAACUGUACCAGACCUCAGUUUUCAUGUAGUUUAGAUAGGUUUCAAAACAAGAACAAGCAAACUACUUUUCUGUUCCAUCCAUACAGGAAAUGUGCUCUCAGUGGACAAAGUAAAACAUGCAAGCAUAGAAUCAAGUUGGGGGACUCAAGCAACUAUUACUAUAUUUCUCCUUUCUGUAGAUAUAGGGUAAGUAUUGGGGUUCCCCUGUGCUUUGACUCUGCUCAUGGAGCAGACAGUUGUGUAAUGCGCACAAUUAAGUAUAUUAAAUUAUAACUCUUGCGUCUCUCUUGUGCAGAUUACAUCUGUAUGUAACUUCUUCACGUACAUUCGGUAUAUACAACAGGGGCUUGUGAAGCAGCAAGAUGGUAAGUAAAGAUCUAUGUCUAAUGCAAAUACCAAAAAUUACUUACUUACUGGUGAACUUACUGUAGGAAGGCUCUGUGUCUAUCUGUAGUUGAGCCUUUUCCGACCCUAAAGAUUGCCUACUUGUUAUUGGCAAUGACUCUGGUCUGAGUCUCCAUUAAUUGAGCAAAGACUUCUACAGCAGCCUUUCCCAAACAUAUUGCCUUCUAGAUGCUUGGGAUUACAACUCCCAUCAUUCCAUCAACAUUGACUGAGCUGAUGGGAGUUGGAGUCAUACGACAUCAGAAAGGGCCAGAGCUUCUCCAUCUCUGUUUUGCAACCUCUAGGGCUAUGCAUAUACCAUAUACAGUCGUACCUUGAAAGUCGAAUGGAAUCUGACUUCCAAAACAUUCGAAAACCAAAGUGUGGCUUCUGAUUGGCUGCAGGAAGCUCCUGCAGCCAAUCGGAAGCCCCGUAAGAUGUUUGGCUUGCAAAAAUAGUUCGCAAACCGGAACAGUCACUUCCGGGUUUGUGACGUUCGGGAUCCAAAACUUUCUGAAACUAAGCUGUUCGACUUCCAAGGUACAACUGUACUUUGGGAAUAUGGACAAGAAGCAAUACAGCUAGCGAGGAGAAUUUUUCAUAACUAAGCCUGAAAUAAUAUAAGAUUUAUACCACCUAACUAUUGGUAAGAUUUAGGAAGUGUCCCGAAAAACAGAUUGCAAUCCAAAUUAUAAAUUGCCAGGUUAUCACUGGAUGCCGUGUAACCAGAUAAUUUUCUCUCCCUAUGCUUUAAAAUAACCAGAAAAGAAUAAUAUUUUUUUGGGGGGGGGGGAUUCUAACAAAUGUUGUAAAUUUGGGGAAUGCGACGCAUAGGCACACAUGAUUUAUAGUUGUGGUUCAGGGGCCACCAACAUGGUACGAGUGGGUAUAAUGGCAUCCUUGUCUGGUGCCCACAAAGACUCUGAGCCCCUCCCCUGCCUCUUGGCCAUAAGGUGACAUAAGGUACCCUUGAAAAGCACAUAGCUGAAGGAGGAAGUUGGAAGAAUUGACACCCUUUUCCACUUCCUCUUUCAGCUUUCAAUGCUUUCCAAGGCUCAGAUGAAUUCCACUGGAUCUGAUCUUUGCCCACCUCCCUUCUAUCUCUCAGAGGUGUCAGUGGGGGGCGGGGAAAAGUGAUUGGAGGUGGGUACUGCUUGUGGAACUAACUGAAAACUCAGGUUGCACCAACGGGCCUAAAAAGGCUUGGUGGUCCCCUGUUGGAACUAAGUCUGGUAUAUGUUCUCUCCUUCCCCUGUGCCCGCCCACAUUAAAUUGGUAAGAAAAUUGAACCCUCGGCAGUUCGAUGAGAGGCUAGUAGUGUUUCUAAUGCAAAAUGCAUUAGCCAAGCUUUAUAGCGAUGCUCUCGAGCUGCAUUAUUUUUAAAUACAGAAUUUUUAAUAUCUGAAAACUCAAGACCCUUUCCCUUUUCUUUCUUUCUUUCAAAAAAAGAAAAGGAAAAAAAGGCCCUGUUCCUGGCGCAGUGGAUGAUACUUAAUGUUAGUAUGUUAAUGUUUUGGAAUGUCUUUGUCUGACACAUACGACUUCUGCAACCAGUUUGCACUCUGUAAAAGGGAAGGAAUAAAAUGAAAGUAUACAAAAGUAGAUAAGUAUACAAAGCUGGGAGCUUUUAAUGAGAUGCGUUUCCCCAACAUGUCUGUUUUCUGUUUUACCUUUUGUUAAAACUUUAAAAGGAAAGCAGUACUAGUAAAUCUUAGUAAAAUAACGCUAAACAUACUACAGUGGUACCUCGGGUUAAGUACUUAAUUCGUUCCGGAGGUCCGUUCUUAACCUGAAACUGUUCUUAACCUGAAGCACCACUUUAGCUAAUGGGGCCUCCCGCUGCUGCCUUGCCACCGCCGCACGAUUUCUGUUCUCAUCCUGAAGCAAAGUUCUUAACCUGAGGUAAUAUUUCUGGGUUAGCGGAGUCUGUAACCUGAAGUGUAUGUAACCCGAGGUACCACUGUAAAGGAAAAACGAAAACAAUCACUUCGUGGAAAACCAAGGUAAGUACAAAGCAGAGAGGGAGCCAUAAGACAGCAAAUGAAAAAAAGAGAAUGUUGCUAAGUAGGGUUGGGUGAAAGGGGGCAUGAUUUGGACCACACAGUCUAACAAAGUCAGAUGCCAGAGGUGUUGCCCAAUAAAGUCAUGCUUCACUGGGAUAGGUAGCUUCAUAUGUUUGUUUAUGUGUAUGGCAGAAGUCCUCCAAGUGGCAGCAAAGUCCACUGGUUGAGCCUUAAGAUAAUGAGUUAAUUUUUCUGAGACGCCUAAGAACAAAGCUUUCUUACACCAACGGUUCACCAUAGUAAACACAUGCUUCCAUUUCCCUUUUUACAACCAGUCUAGCUGCAACUAAAAUGUCUUGGGUUUUUUCUUUUUUUCUUGUGCAGUGGAUCAGAUGUUUUGGGAGGUUAUGCAGCUGAGGAAAGAGAUGUCGCUGGCAAAACUCGGAUAUUACAAGGAAGAGCUGUAA